CAGUGGUUCAACGUUCUUGGCCGCUUACCGUGAUCACCAUGUGUCCCCCCACGAAGAAAACUGCUCCUAAACGACCGCCGCCAAAAUUGGGCGCCGAGCUGGGCCAGGGGAAGGUGGAGACUGUCGUACUGCGGAGCACUCGGGGACGGACGCGAAGGAGGCUCAACUUUCUUGAGGAUAACUGUCGAUGGAUGAAAUAUGCCGUGAUUGCUUAUAGCAUAGGUUUAGGUUUACUCGGGGUCAUAAUCGUCUCAGUGGGCGUCUGGCUAAUAACUGGCGCCAACCAAGUCCUGCCUCUCACUAGUAUUCCAUUCCUUGGGGACAUCAUCAAACUGGCCGCAGGGAUUCUCAUCGGCUUUGGAGUGUGUAUCAUACUGAUGUCGCUGCUUGGAGGGUUCGGGGCGUUUAAAGAAAACCAAUGCAUGAUGACCACGUUCUCCGUUCUCCUUGGCAGUGCCCUUUUCCUUGAACUCGGCUGUGGCGUUUGGGCAUUUCGGAUGUACGGUGAUGAAUACGGAUCUGUGACGGGAGGAGGCGCUAGCAGUAUAACUAUCACGGUCAUCGGAUUCAUCCUGUCCACCAUUUAUUGCUGCUACGUCACCAAAAGUGCGGACCGAGUUCAAGGAUAUCCAGUAUGACGUCAACAGAAGUAGGCGUUUCAGGGGCGUAGCUAGCUUUUCGGGAGG